ACCGCCGUCAGCCACCAACACCGCUCCUUCUAGGUAGAUAAAUACCGUAUAUUUAUACGUACAAAAAUACACAGAUGCAAAACUUAUAUAUAAGGCACCUAUCUCCCUUUCUCUUUUCUUAGCCUUUUUCUCUCUUUCCUCUUCAUGCAGCCUAGAAAAUGGGAAACCUUUGCACCUGCUUUGCUCAUAAAACGGUAGCGAAACGGUUGCAGCACCAGCAGAACGGAGCCAAUUCCAGCAACCGGUGGGCUAGGGUCCGAUCGUCGAGAAAGGACAAGCUCGAUGAUGCUGUGCUUCAAGAGCAGGCUUUGGCAGCUGCGAUCUUGUUCAGGCAGCAAAACGGGGGAGCUUCAUUGCCAUUUGAUAGGGCGGCUUCGUUAAGGUACCCGAAUUCUAGUUCCGGGUCUAAGAAAGCGGGUCAGUUGCCUCGGAGUUCCAGUUCUAGAGCUAGGUCCCUUACUGACCCGCUUUUGCAACCUCGUCAGCUUGUUAACCAGGACAAGCUCGAUAAUUUGGAAACAAAUCAUUUUGUCCUUGUCCAUGGUGGAGGCUUCGGUGCUUGGUGUUGGUAUAAAACAAUUGCACUCCUAGAGGAAGGUGGUUUCAAAGCUACUGCAGUUGAUCUAACAGGUUCUGGCAUUCAUUCGUUCGACACAAAUGGCAUCACCAGUCUCUCACAAUAUGCGAAGCCACUAACUGAUUUUCUUGAAAAACUUUCCGAAGGCGAGAAGGUGAUCUUGGUCGGGCAUGAUUUUGGUGGUGCAUGCAUAUCGCAUGCAAUGGAGCUGUUUCCUUUUAAAAUUGCAAAGGCUGUUUUUGUGGCUGCUGCAAUGCUGAUAAAUGGACAAAGUACUCUUGAUAUGUUUUCUCUACAGUCAGGAUCCAAUGAUCUAAUGCGACAAGCUCAGAUAUUUGUGUAUGCUAAUGGAAAUGGCCAUCCUCCAACUGCUAUAGAUCUAGACAAGUCUUUAUUGCGGGAUUUGUUAUUCAACCAAAGUCCUUCCAAGGAUGUAGCGUUAGCAUCUGUGUCAAUGAGGCCGAUCCCUUUUGCACCAGUUUUGGAGAAGCUUUCACUUUCUGACAUGAAAUAUGGGUCCGUGAGGCGUUUUUACAUAGAAACUCCCGAAGAUAAUGCCAUACCAACGGUGCUUCAAGAGAGGAUGAUUAACUCAAGCCCACCAGAAAAAGUACUCCGUCUAAAAGGGGCCGACCACUCGCCAUUUUUCUCAAAGCCUCAAGCCUUGCACAAACUAUUUGUAGAGAUCUCAAAACUCCCUCCACCUUGAGAGAAUCUAAUUGUUGGAUAUUCAAUGGGAGUCCCCCACUUGGGGCUUCAUUUGAUGAGGUAUAGGGAAAUCAUUCUCUGGAAUUUUAGUGCCCAUACCUUAAAAGAUGGUCUUUAGAGCUCGAACGCUAGAUAGCCGCAUCUUGUAUUAGAGUGCGGAAUAUGUCGAUAUCAUUUUCCUUGACCGUUUAUUGUUUCCGGUUUUCCUUUCAUGAGAUAUUCGUAUUUAUGCUAGUGAAAGAUGAACACUUGAGGGUUUCACAUAAGGCAGUAUCAGCCAU